CAACUGCAUCGAUUCUCAUUUGCUCUCUGGCAGGAUGAGGGGCCCUGCUCUAGCUCUGUUUCUCUUCUUAGUUCUGUUGGCUGUAGUGGAAGUAAGAAGCAGGCAGACUGUGAAGCUCUGUGGCCUGGACUAUGUGAGAACAGUCAUCUACAUCUGUGCUAGCUCACGGUGGAGGAGACACCUGGAGGGGGCUCUCCACGCUCAACAAGCUAAGACAAGAAACCACCUCCAGCUCCUAGAUAGACCGGAGACAUCCAAGGAAACUCUGGAGCACAACCUUCCCAGGAUGGAUAUCUCAGGACAGGAGCUUGUUCGAGAUCCACAGGCACCCAUGGAAGGUCUUUGGGAAUUGAAGAAGCACUCAGUAGUAUCCAGACGAGAUUUGCAAGCUUUGUGCUGCAGGGAAGGCUGCUCCAUGAGGGAGCUUAGCACCCUCUGUUAGGACGCGCCCAACCCAUGGCAGGCUUUAGCAUGUAUCUCGAUGUUCUACCUUUGAGUCCCAUGUUCAGCUUCUAUCAUUACAACCAUGGCUUUUGGGUGUUUUCCUAAAAGGUCUAUUAUGACUUAAAGCCACUUUGCCAAGGCUAGCCCACUCUUCUUUCUUAAUUCUAACUAUGUCUUUGAAAUUUCAAGUGCUAUGCAAAAUUGCAAUAAAAAUGCCUGAAUCCAA